AAAAAAGGAAAAGUUUUAGGGAUAAGCUCAAUUAUAUGUUGUAAUCCCCCUUAAACUAGGCUAAUUGCGCCACUGCCUCCACACAAGAAUUCUUUAUGGCUGAAAAACGAAAAGCCGGAAGCGUUUGCUACAUGGCGUCGCCUGUCAAGUGGCCACGGAUUUGGGCCACGUUGAGUUUCUGGUCAGUCGGAGGGCUCGGCAAAGCCGCCAAAUCCGCAGCAAGUAGGCGAUGGGGUGGUCGACUGGGCCAUUAGACGAGCUGUCAGUGUAAACGUUCCUUGUUUAUUUAGUGGCCGCUCUUUUGCGCUUUUUACGGUCGCAAACGUAUGUAUUUCUAUAUGUAGCCUGAAACCUGGCUGGCUACAUGUGUGUGCAUUUAUCCUGGCAUUUCAUGGGCCCUCGUGACCAGUAAUUGCUUUUCGUUCUUGGCCAAAUGUUUGCAUGGUCUACUUUGCUGGCUUAAUCAAAUAUUACGGCUGUACGAACGCACACACACACACACGUCUGAUCCUGAUCCAUCCGGAUGCAGUGGUCGGAUGGACGAUGGACCCUCGCCAUCUCGCUUCGGAAAUUAAUUGCUUCCUGGCUUUAGUUCAUCGACCAUGCGGAGCUCCGUGGGAUGUCCUGCGGCGAAGUCUUCAAUUUGUACCCGCUUAAUCCCCAAUUAGUCCUCUGGGGCGGCGCUGAUAAUUUAUUUUCUUAAUGCCCUGCGUUUUACGGCAGUUGCUGUGGCCAGCAUCGGGGGAUCGCAUAUAAAGCUUAACAAAUUAAAAUUCUUAAUUCGUUUUACAGUUAUUUUAUUAAAUGUUAAAGAUUCUUUCAACCUAAGGAAACUACACUAUGGGCAUUAAUUGCUUUAAAUGUCGUUUCAGGUCAUGUUUUUAUACAUUUUGUAUGGAAGGCUGUUGAAGUUGAAGGCAACUAUUCCUAAAGUUGACUUUUCUUAAAUGUAGGCAAUUUUUUAUUCUGAGUGUACAAUUACUAAUUUUGCACUGUUUUCUUUAAUUAUUUUUUUAAUUCUUUACUAUUUCUUUAAGGCAUAUGUAUUUACCAUAACAAUUGUAAAUUUUACUUAGCUCACUAGAAACAAAAACAUGUUGAAAUAAAAUCAAAAAACAACUAUUGACAUUUCUUUGCUUUUAUAUUUUUUUACAGCAAUUUUAUCUCGUAUGCUUUUUGAUUGAAGUCAGUUUAAUGAGUCUGCUUUGGUUUAGUUGGUUUAGCAUGUCGCAUUUGGGUCGUAUAUAAGAUAUGCAAAUACCAUCUUCAAUAUCUUGUCUCUCGUUAACGACUGCUCAAAUAAAGAAAUUUAUUGUGUAAUGCUUCUUAAACAUUUUGUCGUUUUCUUAGCUUGCACACACUGGCUGCAAUUUGCUUUCUUAUGCACAAAGUUUUGUGUCGAAAAUCGCAAAUUAUUUUCCCAUUCGUGGCUGGCGUCUGUCUGGCUUAGUUAUUUGUUGGUUUUUGUCAAGUAUUUGUGACUUUGGCUCACAACGGCAUGCAGUGUAAAACGAAAAUAGCUUUACAUUGCGACUUCAUUGAGUUCGUUGCUGCUGUGGCACAUUCUCAUUAAGCUUUUGCGUCUGCAGAUGAAAAGUGCCUGCGACUUAUCGACAUCGCGACAUCAACGCACUGAGCACUCAAAGUUCAUAAACAAAAGUAAUUUCAGCGUUUCUUCUUCAGAGUUGAUACCCUGUACUCGUAGAGUGUCUAUUUUGCGAAAGGGAGCUUCUCUAGAUCAAGAUUUAUGACUUCUAGCCAAUAAGAUAAGAUAGAUAAGAUAGGUAUUUUUUAGUUCCAACCAACAUACAACAUUUUAUAUCAAUGGGACAAAUCACUUGCAAAAUAUACUACAUUUGGUAAAUUGCUAUGGUUUUUAAGAGCUGACGACUGGGUAUUUUAUGGUCGAUACCCUCGACUGAAUUUUUCUCUCACGCCCACAGAGCACAUGCCGCCCCCAAAAAGUGAAAAAGUGGGGACCAUGUGUGCGUUUAGUCUUGUCUUGCAAACUUUUCCUAUAUAAAUUACCAGCUCGAGGCGCAUCGCAGGCGAUGAGAACGACACUUUUAGCAGGAUGCAUGAGCGUAUAGCUGCUUUUUUGUUCCCUCCUUUGCUUACUAAUAGUGUCGCCAGCAGAAGCAAAAAAAAAAGGGGGAAUUCACCAGUGAAGGUUAUCAAGCAGCAGAAGCUACGAGCAGGGAGCAUCCAGCCGCCAGGAAAACUCAUACGCAACGUAUGCUGCCACGUGGCGGACGCCUUUUGUCUGGAACACCCGUCCGCAGAAAUUGAAUUUGGCCAGGAUAUAACUCGAUUCACGCGUUCCGACUGCACAGCUUCCUGGAUGGGUGAUGAAUCAAUUGAGUUGGAGGAGAUGUCAGAGACUUUGCAUUCCUGACAGGCAGCGAUGAAUAAGACAAAAAAUAAAACUGAAUCUGCCCACUACAAAAUGAUGCCAUUUUUGUAUUCAAAAUGUUGUAUGAAGUUUAAAGAUUUGUUCUUCUUUGGCUUAUAAAAUCAUUUAAAUCUAACAAAUCAAUUGAUGUUUAAAAAAAAAAUCAUCUUGUCUAUCACCGUAAAGUAGCUCAAAUAUAAGCUCUUUUUACUCUUGUCCAUAAAGGGAAUAUAAAUCAAAACAAAUUAAAGAACCAAGUAGUGUAGUUCAGUAGUCUUUUAAACAUCAAUGAGCCUUUUUCAAGCCGAGCUCUAACUCGUUUUUCACUCGAUUUUCAGGGUAACACAAGUGUGUUGAUGAAGAUGGAAAUGCGCGACCGACUUUUCAACAUAAUGGUCAACCAUAGCUUCAUGUCGCGUGCCACCGUCACCGAGAGCAUGGCCAAGUUCGCGAUCCUCAGUCUGGAGAAUUCCGAUGACUUGGAGAAGUCGGUGAUCCGGAUUCUGCUGGCGAUCGAGGACAAGUACCGCAUCUACUUCGACAGCUACCAGAAGGAGUUGGACUUGCAGAGGAUAGCGGCCCAGACGCUGAGCCAUCUGAUACAGCGCUACAAGAUCAUCAUGCAGGUGGACGUGAGCUGCACCUGUCCGCACAUCUACGAGAUCGAGUCGGAGGAGGCCAUCAUCAACAAGUACUACAUGCACUACCAGGUAAUCGCCAGCUCCAACAAGAGCCAGAGUUGGGCCAUCCACAGCCUGCGUCCGUAUGUCCUGCUCCUACGGCGCGAGUGCGCCAAGUUGGAUCCAAACGAGGACUCUCCGUUCAUCCUGGGCGACGUCUUCCACAAACCGAUCAAGUUCUUCAUGGACCUGGUGGAUGAGCUGUUCGCGUACUUCUACAGCUGCCACCUGCAGCUGGACUGCGCCGCCCGCCUGCUGGAUCCCCUGGAUCUGGACAGCCUGGAGAACUACCAGAAACUGCUGGCUCCCAACGAGGACUUCGACGAGUACUUCAUGCUCAACAUGAGCUUCUGCAAAUGCUUGCGCCUGCCGCCCAAGUGUCCGCAAAUCGAAAGCCACCAGAAGGUCAAGGAUCAGGCCGAGCCCUAUAUUUCCCACGCCAAGAAGAGCCGAUGUGCCAGGAGGAUUGCCAGGAUGGCGGCGACUGGACCGCAGAGUCCCAAGCCGGAGGGCAAUGGAUCGGAGCAGAAAGCGUCCGUCGUGAGCAAUCCUAGCGAGCGGGUAACCACAACUAUUAGUGUGGAAUCGAAUCCUUCUGCGGAACAAACGGUCGUCGUUAAUCCUCAACAUGAACAGGCUCUGGCGGAUCAACUGUUGAAUGCCUUCACCAUAGUAUCUCGAUCAUCUCCUGUCACAAAUUCAUGACUUCGUGCAUCUUUUAAUCUGAAUUAGGCAAACUUAAAUUCUAAUCAGCCAAUUAAACGGCCAGAGUGCACGUGAUUGCGUUCUCGGUUUCUCGGAAAUGUCUGCGGAAAUGUUGUAAGUCUCCCUCUUGCCCCUCGGAUAUUUGCUGCACGCAAUUGGGGAUUUGCUUGUUUCACUAAUGCUUCUCCAGCUUAUGGGGCAACCAGUGUACCUUCCAACUGAGCUCACUCAAUAGUCAAAGAGCUCUUGAUUAAAGACAAACUUUCCAUCAAAAGGAACACUUUGAAAUUGGCUGUUAAGUAAGCAAAAUCAAGUGAAGUUAUUCAGUUGAUAAAUAAAAUAAAAAAAAAUAAUGGAAUUAUGCUUGUUACUUGCUUGUUAUACUUUUGAAUUUUUGAAUCAAUAUAAAUAUGCAUAUGCAUAAUUUGAACUUUU